AUGGCCAUCACUGAAGAAGAAGAACUUCCGAGCGCUACAUCGAUCCCCAAUAAUGCUCGCAGAAAUGCUCGUCUACGGACAACUUACAGUUCUUUCGGUGAAGAUGGCACCACGGCAACCGCAAAUGCUUACGGACACUUGCUUCAAAUUACUCAAUAUUUCGGCAACAAGCCAUCUGGAUUUGUCGCUGUCAACCUUGACGAAACAGAAGAGCCGCAUUUUGUCAAAUGGCGCGCACAGGACCUGCAACAGCAAUCCAUAGAUCCAACCCAAGGAAUGCGCCUUUUAUUGCAGAGGCCUGCCGAUGAUACAUCUGCCAUCGACAUAUGGGACACGAAUCCCAAAACGAUGUCGGUGCCAGCGAAUGUCUCACCCUCACCGCUGGUGAUAGCGCCACCACGAGCGAAAGCAUCACGACCAGAAAAACCAGCACCAAAGAAGAGUCGAUAUGAUGUGCCAGUACCUCGGCCCCAGUGGGUAAAUCAGUCAGAGGCUGGGUCAGGAUCAACGGUAAGAUUUGUGCAUAACCGUUGGCCGCGUUUCUCUACGAAGACACCCGUAUUCGAUAUAGACAUCCAAUAUGUCAUAUCCAACCAGACUGUCUAUCAAACGUACACAUUCAACCUCCACCAGGGAUCGCAGAUCUUCUCCUCGGAGAUUCCGACAAUCGUCAUAGAUACCAACUUAUUGCUCCGAGAUUUAGAUUUUAUGGUAGGUGAAGAGAUGAAAGAAUACGGUCCAGAGCCGAAUUACUCUAGUCGCAUUACAAACGACGGCUACAGUGUAGCUAGGAUGCAUAGCGACUAUCUCUAUAAUAGGCAAAGCGAUGGCCGAAACGCAAACAAGAAUGACCGAGACAUAGUCGCUCUGUUCAUAUCGCCCUUCAUUAAUGAGCAGCCUCAGCAGUUUUCGCAACCCGCCCCUGAAGAUCUCGACAAUUACUUUGUGACUCCAAAUAAGCAAGCUUGGAAUGACUUGAUAGAAAACGGGACACUCGAAAUUACACUAGCAUAUACAUUGAAGUUGAUCACUUCAAAGGAAGAAGACAUCGCGACGUCUCCAGUGUCAGCAGCAGAUCUCAAGAAAGCAAAAGAGCAGAUCAACAGACAUUCUCCAGGCAUGGUACCGAUCACCAUUGACAAACCCCUUGAUUUUGCUUUGAGCCGAAACUUGGAGCACAUAUUGUCUGUCUGUAGCAUCCCCGUCAGGAAAGUUUCAGAUGAGAUUUAUGCAAUUGCUCUUACUUGUGGUGAUAUUUCUGGUCAUCGGGUUUCUGGGAAAGCAAGUUUGUGGGCUACCGGGAGAGCAAUCGCCGGAUGGAAAGGCAAUCCUACUUUGUCCGAAAAGUCUGUGGUUGACGCCUCCCUCAACAUCAUCAAAGCCGCGGAUUUUUACCGGAUAACGAAAGCAGCACCGGAUACCAUUGACGACUUCAGAGGUGACGUUAACGACUGGAUUGAAGAUCUUCAUCGGAACAACCAGGACAAUGAACAUGUAUUCCCACAUUCGUCGGAAGAGCUGCCGCUACAGUUCCAAUUGUCUGACCAUGCUAUAAUCUGGCGCGCUCUCAAGUCUUUGGAGUUGAUCGGGCUCAGUUCAGAGCUCCGAGCUAAUACCAUACCUGGGCGCCGCAAAACCAGUUACUCGUCUCGGAAGAUCCAGGACAGCAUAUUCAAGAAGUUCACCACCGAUUGCGCGCAAUUGAGUGAGCGUUUAAUGGCGACUUCACGCAGCUUAUCCGAGACCAGUUUUCUCCUUCACACGGAGGACACUGCGACACUAUCAGCGAUGAAAAUGGGUUUAUUCGAUCUUCCAAAAAGAGAAGAGUUAGUCCGGAGAAUGACUAUGGAGUCGAUCGAUGAGCCAGGUAACGCGGCUCCAGAAAUGCCAGUUCGCGCAUUAACUAGCAAAUCAGAUAAUGACUUGACGGAUCCCUGGAGAAAUAAACACGAGUCCUGGAUGGCUACAAUAGAUAGUCAAAAGCUGCAUGAGGAUAACGACGACGAUAAUUGGGAUCACCCUCUCCAGUAUGCCUUGGCCAUGGUCUUAUCUGCGAAAGGUAUUCAUAUCAAUUCUCAAUCGCCUGCACAAAUGUACACGUUUGCACGAUCGAUACUGCUGCAAAGCUCCUCUCCAAAUGGACUGUUCCCCGGACUGUUGGACGAGAAUAAGGACCCGGCUCUUUUCGAAGACGACGAUACCUAUUGGCACGCUUCUUUUGAAGUACCGUUUAUUCUCUGGGAAACAAAAAAGUCUUCACCGAGAACUGAAGAGAAUAGCUCUGAUGAAACUUCCAGCACAUUUCUACUACGACGGAACUCAGCUGAGGCCUCUAUUUCUGGCGCAGGCUUUGUAAAGAGAUAUGAACCGUUUACCGAAACCUCUGAUUUGGGGCCCAACUACGAAUGGCUUUACAAGAAGCCGGAAUUCUUUGGGUUUCGUAUUGAUCUAUCAUCAAAGGCCAUUGAGAAGUUUUGCAAAGCUCAUGUACAGAAUGAUGAUAAAAGCUCUGAGACCAUCAAUAGAGCAGUUGCAGCAGUUCAAUCUCCAAAACAAGAUGUUCUACAGGACUAUGGAUACAUUAUCGACAUAUCAGGGGUUGAAUAUAACAAGAUACUCGGCCAAAGAGACUUUCCUUUCAGAAUCUUUUCGACGGACAAGAUUCGAUCUUUCAUUGGAGGAGUUCGCGACACAACGAAUGCGAAGAAGAGGUUUUUCCAUUUUUACCGUGCCAACCUGGAUGUCGCAUUGAACUGCUACCUGGCGUCUUCAGAAGAAGAAGAAAUAUCUUCCUUUUUCGACAAGCAUUCGUCAUACAGUAAAUAUUUCUUCGAGGAUACGACUGCUAUUUUCAACAAGUGGGUAACAGAACUGCAUUUGUCGUUUUACCAGGUCGUUACAGAUGAUGUCGCGUCCCAGGCCAUCCCUUGGACAGAGACGUUCAAGUUUCCUGAUUCGACGGGAAGUGAGAGCGACAAGCGAGUUGGCCGUGCUGUCAUGAGCUUCAGAUUCGAUGGGGAUGUUUUUGACCAUUAUUGGACAUGCCACUUUUUUGAUCAUAAUCCACAAUGGUUGUCCAACUCUCAAGACGGCCGUCCGCUAAUUAGCACGAGGCCGGUGAGCGGUACUUUAGAAAACGACCCCUGGCAGCAACGGAGAGUAUUGGAACUUCUGUUAUUCGAUACGAUCCUUCAAGAAAUGAUCAAAGGCACCAAAGGAAUUCUCGAAGAGAUCAUGACGAGUGUUUUGAAAAGCUCCCACUCCCACAAUAGAGCUAAAAAUCAACCAACAGUCGAUUUCUCCGAAAUCGACGCAUCAACUCUUUUGAAUGCGCUUGAAGUGCUCUCUAAAGUCGACAGCAACACUUUCGCUUCAAAAAAUGAACUAUGGAACAAAUUCCAACGAAUUCUUCAAGUCAUCGAAGACGACCUCAAAGAGAGUCUAACAAUGAUUGCACUCUGGACAGAUCGAGAGGAAAAAAGAAACAUAAUCCAAGCAGGGUGGACUCCUCGUAAGGAGCAAAAAUAUCAAGGGGCAAUAUCCAGAUUGAAGCUGCUUAAUAGCCAUAAAAUCCACGAGCUGAGAAGAUGCGGUGCCAAUGUAGCGUCGUUCAACAUGUUACUUACCAGGAGAUUGGAGGUAAUGCGCAACGACUUGGACACCAAAAGCAACGUCGAUAUCCGACUCUUUACAUAUGUAACAGUCGUCUUCCUUCCCGUCAGCUUUGCUACUGGAGUGUUCAGUAUGAGCGGUGCGCCAACAAGGGAGCUGUUGGGUAGCAUGGCUUCGACAGCGUGUGUCGCUCUUUUAAUAACCGUGAUAGCGUUACUCAACGCAAAAGUCUUGGGUGCAGAACUCUUCGGACCCAUCUUUAAUGGUAUUCGACCGCUGUCGGAGGCAGCACUUCGUCCAAUAUUCCGCUUUUGCACUGGAUUGAUCUAUCUGGUCUUACUCUCCAUUAUAUCGAUUUUACCCAACAAAUGGAUUUAUUUCCUUCAAAAAAGAAUUGAAAAGGCUGAAUCUGAGCAGUCAAGCCUACAGACUAGUGCGAAUGAAGGCUUCAUCGAUCGCAAAGUGAAGCAAAUUCGAAACAAAGUAAAGGAAAUUGAAAAGGAAAUCGGGGAAGAGGAAAGAAGAAGGAGAAAAAAACAGAAAGAAGAGAAAGUGAAAAGGAAAGAAGAAGAAGAAGAAGAAGAAGAAGAAGAAGAAGAACGGAGGAGAGAAGAGGGGGAAGGAGAAAUAAGGGAAAGAGAGGGAAAGGAAAGAAAGUCAAGGGAAAAGGACGAUGGGGUGGUGGAGAGGCAAGAAGAGGUAACGAGUUUAGGUCAAACAGAUAAAGAUCCGGCGGCAGCAAGAGGGCGGACCGGAGAUUCUAGCGACGAUACAGCCGCAUUGUCUAACAUGGGUGUCGAUGAAAGAGCCCCAAGGAAUGUUUUCCAGCGGAUACGGCAUCAGUUUGGGGGCGGAAGGUCGAGAAUUAAUAGGUCGGAUGUAUAG